CCCCCUCAGUCCUCGGCGGACUCUCGGCGUUGAAGGGGCGCUCUCACUGAGGAUGGAGGCACUUUGCUGGGAGCUGGCUUCGGUUAAUAAGCCAGAAAGCUGUGGAAGUUCAUAGCCUCUUUCUACUUUACCCUCACACAGGAGGAAAUGAUCUGUCACUUGACCUUCAGUGUUCUGUAGCACUGGAAUACAGGUGUCCAUGACUUUUUUCCUGUUUCCGCGUGAAUUAACGGACAGUGAUUGGCCUGUGAGCGGUGACACCGACCCGCUGCUGUCCGUGUGGCUUUCCCUGCAAAGCCGUGGAGCUGUCAGUGGCUUAAAAAGAACUGAACACAAUGCGAACCCAAUUUCCAAGUGUUGCUGUUCCCCCUGAACACUUGCAGCACGCCGCCGCCUGCUCGCUGUGCCCAGCCGACCACCCGCAGCCGCUCCUCCGCCUCUGAAUCAGGCUGAAAGAUGGUUUUGUCGUGGCUGCCGGCGGGUUUAUUCCUCGGAUUCAUCGUUUCUCAGACGUGCAGCGUUCAUGUGUCGUGGGAAAACUGGAACGCCGACCCGCGCAACCGAGGAAACGAGUUUGACAAAGCGAGCACGCAGCCGCACAUCGUUUUCAUCCUGGUAGACGACCAGGGCUUCCGGGAUGUUGGGUACCACGGGUCCGAGAUUAAAACCCCGACCCUGGACAGACUGGCAGCAGAGGGAGUCAAGCUGGAGAAUUACUAUGUGCAGCCUCUGUGCAGUCCAUCUAGGAGCCAACUGAUGACUGGCAGGUACCAGAUCCACACUGGCCUUCAGCACUCCAUCAUCAGAGCUACCCAGCCCAACUGUCUACCCCUGGAAAAUGUCACCCUGCCACAGAAACUCAAGCAAGCUGGCUACUCCACACACAUGGUGGGCAAGUGGCAUCUGGGCUUCUACAAGCGAGGCUGCAUGCCCACCCAGCGUGGCUUUGAUACCUUCUUUGGUUCCCUGCUUGGGAGUGGUGACUAUUACAGUCACUACAAAUGUGAGGGGCCUGGCAUGUGUGGCUACGAUCUAUAUGAAGGGGAAGAGGCAGCAUGGGAACAGGACCGUGGCUUGUACUCAACUGUGAUGUUUACUCAAAAGGCUAUCAGCAUCUUAGCCAAUCACAACCCUCGCAGGCCUCUGUUCCUCUAUUUGGCCUAUCAGGCUGUGCAUUCCCCACUGCAGGUUCCUGCCCGCUACCUUGAGCGCUAUAAAAGUAUUCCAAACCUGCACCGUCGUAAAUAUGCUGCCAUGGUGUCCUGUCUUGAUGAAGCAAUUCACAACCUCACGGUAGCACUAAAACGCUACGGGUAUUAUGACAACACGGUUCUGGUGUACUCCUCAGAUAAUGGGGGCCAGCCAUUGGCCGGAGGAAGCAACUGGCCUCUGAGGGGCAGUAAGGCCACAUACUGGGAAGGGGGCAUCAGGGCAGUGGGCUUUGUUCACAGUCCCCUGUUGAUGAACAAAGGGACAAAGUGCCGGGCUUUGGUCCACAUCACUGACUGGUUCCCUACCUUGGUCACCCUGGGGGAAGGGACUUUAGAUGAAGAUCUAAACUUGGAUGGGUACGAUGUCUGGGAGGCUAUCAGUGAAGGUCGCCCGUCGCCUCGCCAGGACAUUCUUCACAACAUUGACCCUAUUUACGUCAAGGCUAAGAAUGGUUCCUGGAAGGCCGGUUAUGGUCUGUGGAACACGGCAAUCCGGGCCGCCCUCCGGGUGGGUCACUGGAAACUCCUGACAGGUGUCCCUGGCUACAGCGACUGGGUUCCUCCACAGACCUUCUCCAAUCAGCUGCUGACUAAUCGCUGGCAUAAUGAGCGUGUCCGUUGGGAUAGAGGCAAAUCUGUCUGGCUCUUCAACAUCACUGCCGACCCCUAUGAGAGAGUGGACCUGUCCCAGCGCUACCCGCACAUAGUGAAGAAGAUGCUAAUACGGUUAGCACAGUACAACAAGACUGCAGUGCCAGUACGCUACCCAGCUAAAGACCUGCGCUCUAAUCCUCAGUACAAUGGUGGGGUCUGGGGACCCUGGUACAAGGAGAAAGAGGGCGAUGAAGAUGAGCGGGACAAUAACCUAUUCACCAACUACCUGGCUAAAAGAAGAUGGAAAAAGAGAGCUAAAAACAGAAAGUUAAGAAGAAAGGCAGAAGAGUAGCCUUGAUCAUUUGUGAAAGACUUUAGCUGACUUUUCUCAGGGAUCAACACACAUCUUGUGUUACAGGAUCGUCGUCUUCAGACACUCUAACCCCAGUUAGUUUUACCUUUAACUGGUUAUUUCAUCAUGUACUGUAUGAAAAGGAAUAGAAAUGGACCUAUUUAAUGCCUCAAGAAAAUAAAAGAUCCACUCAUUCAAACACUACUGUUAUGCCCAAACACAACUAAGACCUCAGACUAAUGUUAGGGCAUUUAAAGAAUGUUUAUUUUUCUAGAUUCUAUUGCAUGCUUGAACUGUUGUGAUCUUUGGAUUGUUGUGUAGAUUUACAUUUCUAUUAGAGUUUAAAAUAAAUCUUCACAGACAGUGCCAUAUAUUUUGGCAAGAGUAAAAUAAAAUCAAACAUAGUUCUAUUAUGUUUUUGUAGAGUGCAGUGAUGCAGGACUGUGGAAACAUAAGAUUAAUGUGAUGUGAUAGUUGAUUAGUAUGAUUUACUUCCCGACCAUAAGCACAGUCUGUCUGAACUUUAGAAAUAUAGAUGUUGUUUCCUCUUUUAGAUUUGUCUGGUCUGGCACCAGGCCAAACUGAAUGUAAGACAAAUUGACAAAAAUAAAAU